GUGUUUGUUGGCUACAAGCGGGCAGCGACCAGUGCAGUGUUAGCAGUUAGCUUUGUACUUAGCUUGUGUAAAUAUUGAGAAACAUUUGAACGAAUUCAAGCGUUAAAUUAAACAUUAUUCAUACAUUUAGUAAAUAUGGCGGCGGGCAGAUGAAUGGUUAAGUACUACGUGGAAAAGAACCUCAAAUCAGUGUUUUACAGAUUACGCUAGCACAACAUUAGCUAGCUUAGACAACAGCGAGCUUUGUUUAUAAAACACAGACAUGACUCUGGCUGUGGGUCGAGAGCCCAGAAAGACUGCGGGGAAUCGCAUGUCAAAACUACUGGAUGCUGAAGAAGAAGAUGACUUUUACAAGACGACUUAUGGAGGUUUCAACGAGGAAUCAGGGGAUGACGAGUAUCAUGGAGACCAUUCAGACACGGAGGAUGAGGUGGACAGCGACUUUGACAUCGAUGAGGGGGACGAACCUGACAGCGACCAGGAGGAUGAUGCACCAAAGAGGAAGAGUCGGGUUGUCACUAAAGCUUAUAAGGAACCUAUAAAAGUGGCAAAACCCAAACCCAAAAGACCCUCAGAAGAACAGAAGAAGACUGAGAAAACCAAAGUGGAGCUCAAAAGGAGGAUUCCACAAGAAUUCCAAGACUUUGGCGAGAGUAAGACGCCAACAAAUUCUCGAAAGUCUGUGCGACAGUCCACCAGUGAACACACCAGAAAGACCAAUCUUCGGCUUCAGGAGCGUCAGGAUGCCCCCCGAAGACGGAGAGGUGCUCACCGUGACCGGCCCCUGACCCAGGACGAGCUACUCGCUGAGGCCAAAAUAACAGCAGAGAUCAACAUUCGAUCUUUGGAGAACUAUGAGCGUCUGGAAGCAGACAAAAAGAAACAAGUCCACAAGAAACGGCGCUUCGAAGGACCAACUGUCCGUUACCACUCGGUGUUGAUGCCGCUGGUCUCUCACUCGGUCUUAAAAGAAGAAAACGUGGAUGUGGAAGGGUUGGAUCAGGAUGUCCCUCAGGCUGCAACACAGAAUCCCACCACACCUUCCCAGCAGUCUGCAGGAGGCCUGUGCUCCCGUACUUACAUAACAUUCAGCGAUGACGAACCUUUCGAAGCUGCCUUUCCACACAGCGGACAGUCCAGUCCUCAGCCGCCCGUCCAGGAGGUUUGUCCCGUUACCCACAAGGCCGCACUGUACAGAGACCCGGUCACUGACAUUCCUUACGCUAACGCGCGAGCCUUCCGCAUCAUCCGGGAAGCGUACCGCAAAUACGUGGCCGCACACGGAUUUCCAAACACAUCGGGAGGGGCGACGGGCCUGGACUCUUCUGCAGCGAAGGGUGCCCGACAGAAAAUGGUUGUUAAGCAGAGUGCCGUGGGAACAUAGAUCACAUUUACAGCGGAUUCAGGAGAUAGACCCAUGCUUCUUUUUUUACAUGUGCUAGUUCAGGUAGAGUGGCUUGACUCAUUGACUUUAAAAAAAACAACAAGAAGUCACUGUUCAAACCGUGAAAUCAAUAAAUUUGCUUUGAACAAUA